CUGCCCUUUUGAAAUGAUUGUUACUCAGUUGUUGUUCAAGUUGCAACACGUUGACAGGCUGUAGGAAAAUGAGGUUUUACUACUACGUAGGUAUUGCUACCAUCUUUCUCUUAAACUUUUCAUCCUCUUUAGGCGAAAGGGUCGAUUAUAGCGGCCAUAAGGUGGUUCGUGCUCGGGCAGCUAAUGUCGUACAAUUGAGCUACUUACGUCAUUUACAGUCUUCAGAUGAAACCCUGGAUUUCUGGACGGACCCAUACCGAGUAGGCAAGCCGGUUGAUAUACACGUCACUCCUGGAAAAUAUGAAAGUUUGGCGCGUUCGCUGAACUCCGCCGGAAUACAGCACCACAUCAAAGUCGACGACAUUGGCAAAGCUGAAAAGGAAGAACGCCAAACUAUUGAACUUCGUCGUGAGUUGGCCAAAAAUCAAAAGGCUUUCGAUUUUGAAAAUUACCAUACAUACGAGGAGAUUGUCGCGUACAUGGAACAAUUAGCUUUGGAAAAUUCACUUGUUUCCGUAUCAUCUAUUGGCACGACUUUCGAGAACCGUAGUUUGACUAUGGCCACCAUUAGCACUGGAAGCAAUCCAGACAAACAAGUAAUCGUAUUCGAAUGCGCCGUUCACGCCCGAGAAUGGGCUGCCCCUUCUACUUGCCUUUGGUUUAUCAAUGAAUUAGCUACCAAAUACGGAAUUGAUAGCGAAAUUACCCAAUUGGUUGAUGGAUUCGACUGGAAAAUUACUCCUGUUACUAAUCCUGAUGGAUACACGUAUUCUUGGACAACUGAUCGCUUGUGGCGAAAGAAUCGCAAGCCCAGCAGUACUUGCUAUGGUGUGGAUAUCAAUCGGAAUUUUGACACGAAUUUUGGAGGGCUUGGCGCAUCUGACAUAGCCUGUGUCGAUACGUAUCACGGACCCUACAGUUUCUCCGAGGAAGAGUCGAGUGCAGUCAGAGAUGUGUUGAUAGCUAAUCGCCCUCGAGUCAAAGCAGCAAUUUCUAUUCACACGUAUUCUCAACUUUGGAUGUCACCUUAUGCCUAUACUCAUGAUCUUCCCCUCGAAUACGACGAAAUGUUGCGCGUAAUGGCUAUUGGAGUUCAAGCUCUUCAAAACACUUACGGUACUCAAUACCAAUAUGGAAAUCACGCCGACACAAUUUAUAUUGCAUCAGGAACUACAGUAGAUCAUGCUUACUCUGCAGAGGGUAUUUUAUAUGCCUAUCUUCUCGAAUUGCGUGAUACUGGAGAAUUCGGUUUCCAGUUGCCUGCUUCACAAAUCAUGGAAACAGCCAUCGAAACGUGGAAUGGAAUCAAAGCUGUUGCCCUUGAAAUUCUUUAAGACAAUAUAUACUUUACAUUCUUGAGCAAUACAGAGUACCAAAACCAAGAAA